GCUGAAAGGCGGAAGUGGAGGCCGGAGCCUGGGACACCGCCGGGGGGAGAGGAGUGGAACCAGUCUGAGCCCCGGCCCCAAGUAACGCCGCCGCCCCGGAACCGCCUUGGAGGCCCCCCUCCCCACUAAGUGCCUCUUUACGUAGCACUGGCCCCCGCCCCCACGCUCACUGGGACCACUACAGCGGGACGGGCCAUGGCGGGUCGGGGAGGCGCAGCACGACCCAACGGACCAGCCGCUGGGAACAAGAUCUGUCAAUUUAAACUGGUCCUGCUGGGGGAGUCUGCGGUGGGCAAAUCCAGCCUCGUCCUCCGCUUUGUCAAGGGACAGUUCCACGAGUACCAGGAGAGCACAAUUGGAGCGGCCUUCCUCACACAGACUGUCUGCUUGGACGACACAACAGUCAAGUUCGAGAUCUGGGACACAGCUGGACAGGAGCGGUAUCACAGCCUGGCCCCCAUGUACUAUCGGGGGGCCCAGGCUGCCAUCGUGGUCUAUGACAUCACCAACACAGAUACGUUUGCACGGGCCAAGAACUGGGUGAAGGAGUUACAGAGGCAGGCCAGUCCCAACAUCGUCAUUGCACUCGCGGGAAACAAGGCUGACCUGGCCAGCAAGAGAGCUGUGGAAUUCCAGGAAGCACAAGCCUAUGCAGAUGACAACAGUUUGCUGUUCAUGGAGACAUCAGCAAAGACUGCCAUGAACGUGAAUGAGAUUUUCAUGGCAAUAGCUAAGAAGCUUCCCAAGAAUGAGCCCCAGAAUGCAGCUGGUGCUCCAGGCCGGAACCGAGGUGUGGACCUCCAGGAGAACAACCCAGCCAGCCGGAGCCAGUGCUGCAGCAACUGAGCCCCCCUUGCCUGCCCACUGUCCUCACCUCCUCCGCCUGAAUGACCUGACUGGAAUCCACUCUAACCAAUCGCACUUAACGACUCGGGCCACCACUGGGGCGGGGCAGGGGGAGGGGUCUACCAUGAUUUCUCCAUAUAAUUUUGAUCAUAGGCUGGAGUGAGUUAUUCCACCUGCACCUUUCUGUACAAAUACUAAUUCAAUUUUAAGUCUUAAGUCACUUUUUUAAUAUAUAUGAUCUGCUGUUCCCACUUCCUCCCCUUUCUUCUGCUCUCCCACUUUUCCUUUGUUGGUAGUAGCCACAUGCUCCUGUUUCCUCCACCCUUGUUUAUGGGGAUGGCAGGUUGGGGCUGUUACCCUUCCUUUCCCUCUUGCUGAGUAGCAGACUCAGCAGGAGCAUCCACAUCCUUACCUUGUUUGGAGUGGUCUUGGUUUGGGGUGGUGGGGCAGGCCUUGGGGCGAGGGAAGGGAGAGGCAGCUCUUCCCUCAACUGGCUGUCAUCAGGCUGCAGCCCCUACCCCCACCCUGACUCUCAGUGGAGAGGAACCAUUCAUUACCACAGCAUUAUUGUGACAGCCACAAACCCAUUGCCCACAGCCCCUCCACCCUCGAUCACCCUGACCUCUGGCUCUGAGCCCUGUUCUGACCAAAUCACGAUGAUGAGUAUUUGGGGGUGGGUGGGUAAGGGGGGGAGUGGGAGGGGAUGGAACCAACUUUUUCUGUAUUUUGUAUUGUAUGUUUUCUUCAACAUGUAACCAAUCAAUAUCUUGUCAAUAUAGUCAGCCGAUCGUUCGACCUCA